AUGAGAAAAGCACAAGAUGAUCGAGAUGACGACUUUAAAUUAAGCACACCAAGAAGAAAUUUCAAGAGAUAUAACUCACCUCUAAACAAAUAUCGUGGAAGAAGUGUGCAGAAACCACUGUCCCGCAAACCCCUAGAGAGCUUUGUCAAAGAUGCUUCGAUUAGUGUUACACGACCUCAAUCCCAAAGGUACGACGUUGAAACUCUUACUUGGAUGGAUUCAAUAAUAUCUAGAGGCAGAUUGCUGCUAAAAUCUGUCCAUGAAAGAGAAAUUUCAUUUAGAAGAGAACUAGACUGCCAAAAACGAAGAGAUGACCUUGAAAAGAGUUACCUUGCUGAACUGAUGGAUAAUGGUAAAUUUCCAGAUGAUUUAAGCUCUGAGAACCCCGCAGACGCUGAUAUGGAACGAUACGGUACUGAUACCUCUUUUAAAAACCUCCAUGACACAUUUAAUGAUAGCCUUGCCGACCAUGAAACAAGCCUAGGGUUUAGCGAAGAACACAAGAUCGCGAAUAGAAGUAAGGAUCUUGGUCAAAAUUCUAAUGACCACGAUUUACUUUUAGAUGAAGACGGUGUUAAAGUAUCAAACGAUGAGCGGUUACAGACUACUGAAAGUAAUGAGGAAAGAUCUGUUGGGGGCGGAAGUGGAUCCGAUGUUAUCCUGAUUGAAAGCGAAGAUGAAGAUAAUCUUUCAUCUGCAAGAAAUGGAUCAAUCGAGACAGGUGGUAGUUUAGGCAGCCUUGACAAUGAAAGUGACAACUAUGCUUCUUCUUAUAAUAAUGAAUCUAUCAAUGAUAAUUCUAGUGUACUCAGCAUAAAAGAGGCUGAAGUCUCUGAUGAAGAAGAAUUUUCAAGUGGUCUCAAAAGCUCUGAAAAUAAUGAAGGCAACGAAGGACAUGAUAGUGAAAAUGAUUACUCAACUGACGGGAAUCAAGAGGAAGCUGAUGAGCACAUGAAUUCUAAAAAUGUAGUGGAUUCUAAAUUACAUGAGGAUUUUAUUCAUGAAAAUGAUGAGAAGUAUAUCCCUUCACUUACAAUGGAUUAUUCUGGGUCCUCCGAACAUUCACGACAUUCUAUCACAAUCAAGGAGCGACUAACUCAAGUGAAUCAGGACGAAGAUCGUAAUGACAAUCUAAACAAUUUAUUCGGUAACAGCUCAAAUGCAUUGCCCAAGAAUGUUAUCUUAGACUCACCACAGGAGCUCAAUAAGCUUCAAGAAGAGUUAGAAGAGCGAAAUGAGCUUCCCGAGAACUUCUUUGACUACCAGUUCAUUGCAAAGACUGCAAUAAGCUCGGAGUGCCUAAGGAAUGAAAAUCUUCCACCCAGAUUAUCGACGGAAGAGCAUGGUAUUCCUGAUGUAGUUUCUCUUGGCAACGUCUUAGAAAAAGCAGAGGUGAUGGAAGAUCCGCAGAGUUCUUUUGACGAAUUGGAUGAAAGCUCAAAUAGUUGUGUCAGCGAGGAAAGUUCAAGGGAAGUUCAAGCUGUCCAUCUCGAUUCCUCGAACGCAGGUCAUGGAAUAAAUGAAGAAAUGGAUAACGAAGAACGUUAUUCCAGUGUGGCAAAGAAGGAAGAAAAAAUUGAAAGCAAUAUCAAGAAAGUAGAGCAUUUUUCUUCUGGAGAAAACUUACAGAAUACGAACGAUGAAUUACAAGGUCUCAAUCAGUCUCAAAGUACUGGUGAUCGGAGAACCCCCACGGGACAAGUUUUUGACGGCGAGGGUUCAAAGGUUGAAAAUGGUCCCAUAUUUUCCAAUACAUAUGAGAUAACCAAUGAUUUAUCUGCUGCAAUGGAGCACAGUUCAAGUAAUGAUCUUCUGGAAGAGAAGAAUGGAACGCUAGACGAUGAUACCGUUUUUUAUUCUUUUAUAGGUGAGAGCACUAAUGAAAAUGCGAAACUUUUGGAAAAAACGCCGGAUCCUGAGAAUCCUGAAACAUCAAAAGAUCCAAUAAGAUAUCACCUACAUUAUGCAGAAUCAUACUACAGCUGCUCAGAAGAUGAAGGUUCAAAAGGAGAACGCAGCACGUCCAAGGAAUACGUACCUCGUUUUACAAGCGAUCCCUUCAAAGAAGAUCUCGAAGUGGGAAACAGAAUUUUGGAAAAAGUCCUGACCGAAAUUGCUGCCAAUGGCGUUCCUUCUCAACUGUCCGACAUAGACAAGGAAAAUACCCCGAAUGAUGGUGAGAAACUUUUCGGAAAAAGCGAAAAUAAACAAAUGGAACCGACAACUCCUCCCUAUGCUAUUGAAAUAAGUAGCAUUUCUAUCCCGCAUAUCCAUACGCCUUCACUAAAUCAGGAGGGCACAUACGCUAAUGAGCAAGAGAACAUGGCGAGUCAUGAAGCUAUCGACCGCUCAAAUGAUGCCUUUCUAAAGGUUCAGGAGAAAUGCUCCUGUUCAGACGAGGCUUUGGAUGAAUUUAUAGCAGUACAGGUGAAGCCCUCGCCUACCCAAAAUGAUGAAACAGACGUUCCAGUAGAAGUUAAAUCAGAUGAUACUUUUCAAGAAGAACAAGGGAGUGGUGAGGAAGACGAUAUCGAGGACUUCAAAGAUGCUAAUACGGCUUCAAGUAAUGAUAAACCAGAUAAUCCAGUAUCAACGCAAAUCAAAGAUCGUCCGACAACAGACUCGGUAAAACCCCUGGCUGACAACCAGUCUCAGACUAUAUUGAAAUCUUCUGAAGAAAAUAGCAAUUCAUCUUUCGAAGUUAUGCAAUGUUCUGAACAACAAGUUCUUAAGAACGAAUUAAAUGAACAAAAGGAACAUGUUUCGACUAGUUCCAUACUCUCAACGAGAAAAUCAGAUACAGGUGCUGAUGGAUUUUCGGUAGAUGGUGAUACCAACGGUAGAUGUGCUCCCUGCUAUUCUGGCGUUCAAAUAAAUUGUCUGCCUAGCAAUCGCAUUGAAAAUGAAAUCAAAGAUUAUGUGUCCACAAUUUUGGACAACGAUAAUGAGCCUGAAGUCGUUGAGGUUAUCGAGAAUACUAAGCAACUUGUUAGUAACAUUACUGUCGAAGAAUUUGAUGGCGACACUAAUGGCCUAAGCUAUGAAAAGAUUAUAGGGGAGCCUAUUGUUUCGUUUUCAGAGUGCGAAGAAGAAUCUUUUUCCGUUUCAGCUGAAUCUAACAGAAUUAUAUCAACGAUGUCAGACGACGAUCAAUUUGAUCUUGGGAUACAUGUUGAGUCGGCGUCAUAUAGUAUUGAAGAGAAAGUUGAAAAACGACAAAUUGGUCUCCAAAACACAGAAAAAAAUGAACCCUCAAAGGCGCCAUCGGAAAAUAUCAGAACUUUCGUCAAGAGCUGUGAUUCAUCCAAUGAUGAUCGAAUUGAACUUCUUGGAAGAAGAGAUACUCAUUUGAGUGAGCUUUAUGAGGGUGAGAUUGGCUCUGAUGAAGGCACCGUGUCCGGAUUAAAUAGCCCUACAUUUCGCAGCAAGAGAUCAGCUCGGGACUUUGAAGAAAAUCCAGAUUUCAAAAGACGGGCUGUCAGAGCAGCUACUGACGAUAUACUAGUUUUGGGGCCUUUUGACGACACACACUUAAUAAACUCUAGCGAUUCUGAGGUUAUUGACGCCUUAUCAAGUUCGGAAAUGCAAGUUGGACAAGAAAGAGACAUUAGCUCAUUAAACAUUAAGUCGAACAAUAGCCUAGUUAAUGUUACUGAUAAUGGACACACGCCGGAGUCUAUUUCGCGCCGCAUAUUUUUGUCUCCUAUUCGAGCGCUUUCUAAUGUCUCCGCGAACUUCAGGAGAAUGACUUCUUUUGCCAAAGAAAUUAUUAGGCCAAUUGACAGAGAUCACUUAGAAAUUUUUGAUGCCGGCCAUGAUAUUGCUGAAUCAUCUUUCGAUCGCAAAGAUGAAAAUCUAUUCGAAAAUUCAACAGCUAAAUAUGGAGAUCGCCAAGUAACUGCUAAUGUUAACUUUCCGCUAUUAUCAAAUGGGUUCAGUGGGUUUAGAUACCAAAUUGGAAAGGUCGAAAAUCUUUCACCUUCUGAGUCGCAGGCUUCGAGGCAGAACGAGUCCUUGGUUGUUCAAGCAGACUUAUAUCAAAAUAAAAAUUCCCUCCUGUUAAAAGACUCAGAAAGUCAUUUUGACAGCUACGCGGAUAAUGAGGUGGAAGGCUUGGGAAAAGUUGAACAGGAUGUCGUUCUAAGAACUGAUACGGAAAGCCUUUCAGUGGAAGAGGAAAACAGCUCUACCACUACAGGAAAAACGGAUCGCAUGGGAGGGUGGUUGGUUAAGGAGAAUUUAUCGGAUAGGGCUUCUAAAUCUAAAAAAAUAAAUGUGCAACAGGAUCGUUUCACCAAAAGAUCUCGAGUUACCGGUGAUUUGAUGGAUUAUCUCACAAGUGCCACCCGAGGGUCACGCCGUCUGAAAGAGCAUAAAAGAAGACCCAGGGUUAGUAAAUCUGGGAGAACCAAACGUAUAUAUAGGUGGUAA